AUGGAGUCUCAGUCGUUGCUGGGGACAUUGCUGGAGCUCGACGAAGGAGAUGCUCCAGGUCACACAGCUUCGGCAGAGCGAGGCGGCACAGCAGCCUCUGCGGGAGUGCGAAGUUUAGCAGACACUUUGGAUGAUUGGGACAACAGCGAGGACCGCCAAGAAGUGAAGCGGCGCCAGACAAGAAGUGGAACGAGAUCGUCCGUCGCCACGCAAGGGUUUCGGAGAAGUACCUCGAGGAGGCUCACGGGAAGGAACCAACUUGGAAAGCAGGGCUCCCGGUCCUCGAUUCUGGGCCGCUCCUCUGUGUUGGCCCGCUCCUCUGUGCUGGGCCGCGGUGGCAGCAGCAGUUGGUUCAACCAGCAGGAGGAUGAUGCCUGUUCAGGCAUUCUAGCCGACUUUGUGAAGCGAGAGCGCGCGAGGGUUCCAGCGAGCGAGCGCAUGGACGAUUCAGUGGAGUGGUUCCAUCGGGUGGUGACAAGAAGCCAACUUUUUCCUGAAUCCUCCGUGGACAUGAUGGUCGGGGUCCUGAAGUACGAGCAGCUGAAUGCUCUCAUGAUGGCGAGUGUCAUCCGAGAAUGCAAAGAUCGCGGUCUUUUUCCUUCUACACCACCGGGAUCCUUCAAGCAGCAGUGCAAGACGAUUCACCAACUGAAACGCAUUACAUUGAUGAUCAGUACUGCCGUGCACAACUGGCACUUCACCUUCAAGCUGCUCAACAAUCCUGGCUACGAAGCUAAAGAGGACCAGCGAGAGCGCGCGGCGCGCAAGGAGGAGUUCUGGAACGAGGGCUUCUGGUCCAAGCACGACCUGCCACUUCGGGACCACCAUGUUGACAUUAAAGAGGAGUAUCCACGAUAUGACAUGCGCCUGGAGCUACACAAUGGGAAGAGCACGUUCAGGUGGUCUUUGGUGAAGCCUGAAGGCACAUUGGCCCACCAGCAGCAUGCGCACGAGGGCCUCCUGACGCUCAACAAUCGGCCAGAGGAUGCCGCGGGAGACGGGCGCUUUCCCCCCGAUGUGGAUGUGAGUGUCAAGGACUACUCGGUGACGCAUGCCUUGCGGCCAGUGAGGAAGGGCAAGCGGCAAUACUUCGACCAGUGUCACGAGAGACGGGUGGUGCCGAAUCCUAUCCUGUUCAUGACCGGUCACACGCGGAACUUCAAGGCCAACGGCCAGCUCUUCACUGAUGCCGAGAUGUCCGCAGCCAUGGCUUUACUCAACGAGGACCAUGCCGUUCACGAGCUGGACUUGACGAACAAUGCUUUGCUUACCGAUAAGAGCUUGGGACCACUCUUGGCCAAGCUGAAUAAGGAGCUGCUUUGCGCAGAGCUUCAACGCCUCAGCCUCUCCAGCUGCAGGCAGGCCGGCCGGGAGAGCAUCCGCCGUGCCAUUGAGCUGACCCAGACAGCCGGAAAGCUGGCAUACCUGAACUUGAGCCACAUUGCGAUUGGAACGCAGAGUUUGCUUCCGCUAUGUAAAGCCAUCGGCCAGCACAAGGCACUGCAUGAGGUUGCAAUCGCUGGGAUAGGCCUGGACCCAGCAUGA